AUGGAUAUGUUCGCUACGAUCGACGUUCUCAAUUCACGCACACUGCUGAUCGGCAUCGUGGUAUUUCUGGUUUUGUUCCGUUUUCUUCGUCGACCGCGCAACCUACCCCCAGGGCCAUGGGGCUGGCCUAUACUCGGCAACCUCCCUCAAAUGAUGUCGUCAGAGGGCACCAUGUUUGAGUUCUUUUCAAAGCUGACGAAAUGGUACGGCAAUAUUAUACAUGUCAAGGGUGGUGGCAUAUCUAUUGUAGUUCUCCAUGGCCACAACACAGUGAAAGAAGCAUUCUCGCAACAUCAACUCAGCGGCAGACCUGAGCUACACAUCACUUACAAGAUUUGUCCACACGGGAUAGGCAUUCUGGAUUCUUCUGGCGAACAGUGGGUAGAAAUCCGUCGUUUUUCGAUGACCGUGCUUCGAGGUCUCGGGGUUGGCAAAUCAAGCUUUGAGCAGACCAUAUCCACUGAGGCAGAAAUCCUCAUGGAGGAAAUCAAGAAACACAACGGCAAGGCCUUCGAUCCCAAACACGCGGUAGGUAACGCCGUGUCCAACAUCAUCUGCUCGGUAGUGUUCGGGAAGAGAUUUCAGUACCAUGAUCCGGAAUUCCAACGCCUCUUGAAGGUUUUAUCGGACAACGUCGUCCAGGGAGGGUCCGGGGGCAUGAUUGAAAUGUCCCCCGUGUUUUACAAGCUAAGAAUGCUGCCAUUCGUGCGACGAUACAUUCACGCGGUCGAAAAUUUCUACAAUCACAUCUAUCGCCUCGUCGGGGAACACACUCACGAGAAAGAUACCGAUAACCCUCGCGAUUUCAUCGAUAUUUUCCUGAACGCAAAGGAAAAGAAAGAUAAACAGGGCAUUGAGUCCCUGGCGCUGCAGAGCGAGAACUUGCCGCGCAUUGUGAGCGACCUUUUCGGGGCUGGAUCGGAGACCACUACCACCACGCUCCGUUGGGCGAUACUUUACAUGAUGGCCUAUCCUGUGGUACAGACUCGGGUCCAGAAGGAGUUGGAUGACGCCACUAGUCGUAAUCGAAUGCCGAGAAUCGCUGACAAGCCCGAGCUGCCCUACACCGAGGCAGUGCUUAGUGAGGUGCAGCGCAUUGGUACUAUCCUACCAAUGUCUGUACCGCACAUGUGUUCCGAGGAUACCACAUUAAUGGGGUACAACAUACCGAAGGGAACUUUGGUAAUGUCCAACUUGUGGCACAACCACUUUGAUCCAUCUGUGUGGGCGGAGCCCAAGAGCUUUCGCCCGGAGCGAUUUCUUGACAAAGAAGGACAGUUUCAAUCGCGCGAGGUUCUCACGCCAUUUGGAGUAGGUCGCCGCAUUUGUAUUGGAGAACAUCUUGCCAGGCAAGAGCUAUUCGUCCUUUUCACACACUUGCUGCACCACUUCACCUUGAAGAACCCCAACAAGGCAACUCCGGUAUCCUUCGAAGGGAACGAUGGAAUUGUGUGGUCUCCGCAGGACUUCACCGUCUGCGCCAUUGCAAGAAAUUGAGAAAAUGGAUUUGUGCGAAAUGCCCGCAUAUCCCCACCAAUUAUUGCAAUAUUGCAUGGGCACUACUUUCCGCUUCAAUAUCGUUUUCAAUUAAAAAAUGAGCCUAGGUCACUUGCAAAAACAUUUACAUGGAUAGGAGACUUUUGAGAGGCUUGAUGGCAGCACACCCAUCGGUACUUUCAGUUGUUCAAGUCAUGUUUAAGUCAAUGUGCGCAUGUGCAAAAUGACGCAAACAAUAGCAAAAGACCCGUACGUUUGCUGCCACCAAAAAGUGUCUCAAAAGUCUCCCAUAAAUCCUCGGAUGAGGGUGCUGUGGAGCUGCCAUUGACAGUGGUACGAACACACGUAUCCAAAAAUUAGAGCUUAAACUAUUUUAGAUUCACUCAAAGCUACCAAACUCGUUUAGUGAACAGUAUGUGUUAGUUUCUGUACCAAAGAUUGUGAAGUUUAAACAGCACACUCAUCCACAUUUUAUGGCCUACUUCGUGCAAACGGAGUAUGCGCACAUGGAAGUACUGACCCGCGGUCAUCAGGUAUGUACCGAUAUCAAAAGAAAACUUAAAUAAUCUAGGGAUAACUAGUGCCCCUGGAUAGGCCGGUGGGAAGAACUAAUAUAAACAUCAUCAGUGUGAGAAGGAAUCAUAAAAUGUGCUAUC